AUGGCAUCCGAGGCGGAGCUCCCGGACGAGCGGCUCCGGGAAGCGAUCCAAGCGCUGCUGAAGGGCCGGGAUCUUGCAGAGACCUCGCUCAAGCAGGUUCGCGUGGACCUGGAGAAGCAGCUCGGCUUGGGUGCCGGAAGUCUGGAUGCCCGGCGCGAGAAGGUGAAGCAGCUAGUGGCCGAUGAGAUCAUACGGAUCAAGUCCGAGGCGGAUGGGAAGGAAGAAGAGGAGGAGGAGGCGGCAGAGGAUCCCCCUGAGGAGGCCAAGGCGAAGAAGUCCAGCGGCUCCAAGCGGGCCAGGGAGGACAAGAAGCGACGAUCAAAGGAUGCCGAAGAAGGCAAAGACGGCAACAGCGGUAAAGGUAAGGGAAAGAUCAAAGAGCGCCAGAGUGCUUCGAUGUCUCGACAGGAUUUCAUGAAGAAGGCAAAGCCCAUCCUCGUAACUGUCGGGGACAAGAAGUUCAAGGCGGCGCCCAAGCUCUUCUCCACAGGCAGCUGCGGAUUCAUGGCCAGCACCAAGGUCCCCGUGGAGGUCAACGGCAUUCCUCUCGUGCUGCAGUGCAGCCUGAACCUCCCAGUGAUCGGUUCCAAAGAGUGGGAGGAAUAG